CUCUAACCUAGAGCCCACAUCCCCUCCACCCGUCAUCCAUCCCCAAAGCGCCUAAGCACAAUGCCUCGCCCCCAAAAUCCCGCAUUCAAGAUGCUGCUCUACAGAACCACGCUCCUCGGCCCCAAGGGCUGCGGCAAAACGUCCCUCUUUUGCCGCUUCGGACUUGACUACUUCUCUCCCGACAUCUCCAGCUAUGGCCCCACGACCGAGGGCGAAACGCUGCGCAAGCAAAUGGUGCUACGCUCCACAUCGCAAUGCGUCAUGUGGGAGAUUAACGACGACGUUUAUUAUGGGGAGGACAAUUGGGUGUCGAGGCGUUACUUGGACGCGCUGAAUGCGCAUCUCGUUGACAAUGCGGAUGGCGUGCUGGUGUGCUAUAGUGUGAGGGAUAGGAAGGGGUUUGAGGAUGUGGAUGAGUGGAGGGCGGAGAUUGGGAGGUUGAAGAGGGUGAAGAGGGCGUGGGAGAGGAAGAGGGAGGGGGUGGUGGAGGGGGAGGUCGACGCUAUGGCGGAAGAGCUGGCUAAUGGGGGGAUGAAGGUGCCUAUUGUGCUGGUGGGUUGUCGGUCGGACUGUGGGGAUGAGAGGGAGGUUGCGUAUGAGGAGGGGAGGGAGAAGGCGCGGGAAUGGGGGGUUCCUUUUCUAGAGUGCAGUGCGAAGACGGGGGAAGGUGUUGAGGAGGUGUUUGUUCAGUUGGCGGGGGAGAUUAGGAGGGUGAGGGAUGGGGUUGUUGAGGGGGGAGAGGUACGGGCGGAGAAGAGGGGGGCUAGAUUGUCGAUGGGCGGGUUGAGGGGGUUGCUGAAGGGAUGGUCUAAGAAAGGGUCAAGAGAACAGGGCGGAUGA